AAGGGACCAAAUGUGUAGUUAAGCCUUUAUAUUUCUUCCGUCUGUGUACUUCUUCAUUCCGAUGGCCGCUGCUGCUUAGCUAGGGCUAACAACAACCAAAAACACUUUCAGUUUCAGCAAACACAAAGUACGAAACUUUGAAACCAAAAAACACUACGAAACCCUUUUCAACUCACAAAAAAACUUUCGUACCUUUUUCUCACAACGAUGAGAACGAAAUCCAUUGGUGGCGGUAAACGCCGUUUACCAGACCUAGUACCUUCUCCAUUAUCUACCUUAACUCAGGAAAACGACGAUGAAGAUCUAAGUCCACAACUUCGAAAAUCCGUAAUUUGGAACCGUUGGAUAAUUUUCUCAAAAGAUAAUGGAAAAAAAGCAUGCGAUUUCAAAGGUAAAUCGACGUUUAAUACAAACCCUAGCAGAAACAAACCGUGUGUUUUUUGCAUUGGUCAUGAAGAGGAAUGUACGCCUGAGAUCUUUCGUGUUCCUUAUGAUGAAUCCAAUUGGAAGAUUCGUGUUGUGGAGAAUCCGAAUGCUGUGCUUUCGAGGGAUUUGCCGGAGUAUGUUGAUGUUCCGGAGUUUGACAGGGUUUUGGAUGGGUUUGGGAUUCAUGAUGUUGUGAUUGAAAGUCCUGUUCAUUCUGAGCAGUUGUUGGAGUUGUCUCCGAAAGAAAUUGGAGAGAUUUUCGUUGCUUUUACAAGUAGAAUUCAUGAAUUGGCUCACCUUGAGUCUAUAAAAUAUAUUCAGGUGUUUAAAAACCACGGUGAAAAAGCUGGUGCAUCAAUGAGUCAUUCUCAUAGUCAAAUUCUAGCCUUGCCAAUUAUUCCACCUAGUGUUUCAGCCCGUCUUGGAAAUAUGAAGGAUUAUUUUUAUCAGACAGGGAAAUGCUGCAUUUGUGAAAUUCAAAGUGAGGAACUUUUGAUUGAUUCGUCUACCUACUUCUUUUCAAUAGUUCCUUUUGCUGCUUCAUUUCCUUUUGAGAUAUGGGUUGUUCCCCGGAAUCACUCUGCUCAUUUCCAUGAAUUGGAUGCUGAAAUGGCACUUGAUCUUGGAGGUUUGAUGAGACAAAUUCUUAGAAAGAUGUCUUUUCAAUUGAACAAUCCGCCAUACAACUUUAUGAUUCACAGUAGUCCACUGCAUGGUGAUGAAUCAGAGUUGGCAUACAAUCAUUGGUUUAUACAGAUAGUACCUCAGCUAAUUCCGACAACUGGGUUUGAGCUUGGAACUGGGUGUCACAUCAAUCCUGUUUUGCCUGAGGAUGCUGCAAAGGUUCUAAGAGAAGUGAUUGUUCCCGUGUUUGCACAUGAAAGGCGCACUGUGGGUUUUUCACCUCCAAGUAAGAUUGUGGAUUAUAGCGAGGCAUUCACCACUAAAGAGAUGUUUCCUACCCGAGAAUAUCUACUGAAUUGGGCUCGAGCCAUUGGGAGAGAGAACGGAUUUACUGUUAUUAUUCAGCGGUCAGACAAUGGUGGAUCAGGGAAGAAGAAGAUAGGACGGAAGACAACUGUGAUUCUGGGUUGUGAAAGAAGCGGAAGAUAUAGACAAUACAAGGAUGCAUUGGCUCGCAAGACUGGAACGAAGAAAUGUGGGUGUCCAUUCAGACUCAGAGGAAGACCUGUUAGAAAUGGGGAUGGAUGGAAAGUGAAUGUAGUCUGUGGAUUUCACAACCAUGAAGUAAUUGAAACAGCGAUCGGGAGCACAUAUGCUGGUCGGCUAAGUGGCGAAGAGAAGUCGCUGGUUGAUGAUUUGACAAGGAGUAUGGUAAAACCGAAAGACAUAUUACAGACAUUGAAAGAACGCAAUGAAGAGAAUCUCACUUCUAUCAAGCAGAUUUAUAAUGUGCGCCAAGCGCUAAAACGUUCUAGAGUUAUUGCAGACACGUAAUGAAGAGAAUCUCACUUCUGUCAAGCAGAUUUAUAAUGUGCGCCAAGCGCUAAAACGUUCUAGAAUAGAAGUUGAACAUUCAGCAUAGAUAUUAGUGUUAAUUGAUUGUACUGCAUUCAACAUUUGUAUUACUUUCUAAUUUGUCGAAAGGACAUUUUUAUUGUUGUUA